AUGACCAAAGCGAAGAUUCCGAAGAAAGUGGUUAACAUGGAGGUCACCAUAUUUUCUCGAGAAAGAAUCAGACCAUCUAGUUCAUUGAUUGGCCACAUGAAACCCAAAAAGCUUUGUCUUUUUGAUCAGCUCACUCCAAUUACUUACCCUGAAGUAGCCCUUUUUUACUCCAUUAAUGAUCGAAACUUCGAUCUUAACAAAACCCUAAUCAAGUUGAAGAAAUCUUUGUCUGAAACCCUCACUUUGUUUUACCCCUUCUCCGGAAAAGCCAAGAACAAUCUGCACAUCGAGGAUUACGACAACGGCGUUCCUUACUCGGAAGCCAAAGUUAACUGUCGUAUGUCCGCCUAUUUUCAGCUUCGAGAAACUGAGUCACUCAACAAGUUCGUUUCUAUUCAUCCCUUUAGCAAAGAAAAUGACACCUCAGGUCCUCAGCUUGCGAUUCAGGUGAACGUGUUCACUUGUGGUGGAAUAGCCCUAGGAGUUUCCGUAUGCCACAAACAGUCCGACGGAGCCUCUUUGAGCUACUUACUCAAGUCAUGGGCUGCUCUCUUCACCGACUCACCGGAAAAAGUAAUUCAGCCUGAACUAUCCAAAGCGGCGUCGUUUUUUCCGCCACGAACGGAGUUGCCCUCCAACUGUUUAGCACUCAUGGACCAGUUAUGGUUCAAGAAGAGCAACUACGUUACCAAGAGAUUCUACUUCGACAGCAAAGCUAUAUCCACGUUGAAAGCCUUAGCUAAAAGCGAAAGAGUCCCAUCUCCGACGAGAAACGACGCCGUCAGCUGCUUCAUAUGGAAACACGCCAUGGAGGCUUCUUGGGCCAUAUCGGGCUCGCCGAGGACAUCCAUCGCGGCCCACGCCGUCAACAUGAGGCCCAGAAUGAAAGAUCCUCGGUCGCUGGAAAAUUGCACCGGGAACCUCUUCUGGUGGGCCUCCAUAGUAGUGAACCCGGCCCAGAAGGAUGAUCUCGAGCUGAGUCAACUGGUGGCGUUGACAAAAGAAAUGGUGGCAGAGUUCGACGGCGAGUACUUGGACACCCUGGUUGGAGAAGCCGGGUUCGAGCCGGUUUCGGAGUUUGUGGAGCAGCUGGAGAUGAUGAUAUCAAUGGAAUCUGAAAAGCCAGACAUCUUCGCCUUUACUAACUGGAAAGACAUCUUCAACGACGUGGAUUUCGGGUGGGGGAGCCCGGUUUGGGUCGCGGCCCAUGGAAAAGUCGGGUCGGAGUUUAGAAAUCUGAUUGUUUUGAUCGACUCACAAGGGAGUAAUGUUAAGGAGAUCGAAGCUUUUGUGACGUUGGAAGAUCAGCAAAUGGCUGUUUUGGAGAGUGAUUCAAAGUUCUUGGCGUUCGCUGGGAAUAGUAACAAUAUUAGUUCAUGCCUGUAAUAAUGACGUACGUUACCUUAAUUUGUCAGGGCAAUUAUGUAAUAAUAUUCCUAGUGUAUUGGCAUCUUUGACUUAAAUUGUUCCUUUCCUUGACUA